AUGAACAUUUAUAAAACUUUAGGCAAAGUUAAUUGUUUUUAAUUUUCUACAUCAGCAACAUCUAUUUUAAAUAAGUUAGGACAAAAUUACUACAUAAAAAAUUAUGGAAAUACAUUCAACCAAAGGAGUAUUUAAGAAGAAAGCCUAAAAAUUGGCAACAAAACAUGUAGAUUAGUAGGACUUCCUCGUCAAGGAGAUUAACAAGAGUUAACUCAGAAAAUGUCAAAUAUUUUAAUGAAGGAUAAGGAUAAAACAAACUUUUUAAUAUAAAUUGAUCCAUCUCCAUAUUUAUUUGCCAAAAGAUAGCUUUAUAAAUAAUAUCAUUCAAAAGUUGAUCCUAUAUUAAAUGAUAAUUUAUUUGAACAAUUACCAACUUUACCUAUAGAUACAAAUGAAUUGAAAAUAGAUUUACCAAUAUUUGAUUCCAUUCAUUUAAUAAGGGCAAACCCUACGUUGAGUCCAGAAUAAAAAUAAAAUAUAUUGGGAUUCUUGAAUGGAGAAAAAUUAGGGUAUUUUUAAUCUACAUUCCAAACUCUGCAAGAACAAAAGAACUAAUAAUAAGAAUUGACACCUUAAUUACUAUCGGAGAGUAAUGAAAUGUCGAAAAGGCUUGGCUAAUUAUUUGAAAUUACACUCUUAUAUGCCAACCAAAAGAGUAAUGUAGACUUUUCUCAAUUUGGAUUAUUUCAGGCAUUGUAUAUGUCAGCUUUAAAAGGCUCUAAGGUUUAUAUGAUUGGAUUGUCAGAAAUCUAUUAAAGAAUAUAUAUCGGAAUAAUUAUGUAAUUACCAGAUGUGCAAGAAAUGUUCAAAGAGUUUUGUGAAGAAUCAUUAUUAAACUAGUACAAUAAUUUGAACUAUUUUUUUGAAUUUACAACAAUGUUAUGGAUUGAAAAAGCCAUUGAAUAUUAUAUGCUUUAUAGUAUUAAUCGAUUUCUCAAAUAUUAAGAGGAGGAUGAAGUUACUGUUGUAGUAGAUUCUUUGCACUUUGACCCUUUGAAGACUGCAAUUCAAUAGUAAAAGAACAAAUUUGUAAGUGAAUGUGAUAACAGUUAUUUCUAUGAAUUUUAAUAUCCAAGUCCAGAAAAAUAAGAAACAGAUGAGCAAUUAUUAGAGAAACAUGCUAUCUUUGAUUGUAUAUUGGAAAAUUAAAUGUGGAGAGAACCUUGCAUUAACAAUCCUUUUCCAUAUCUAUCGAUUAAUUAUAAUUAGAUGAAUACUUUAGAAUAGAAGGAAAUUCAAUCUAUAUUCUAUAAAUAUCAUUCUAAAUAUUCAUUGAUUGUAAACUAGUUGAAAUAGUAAAAUAAAUAAUGA